AUGUUCCUCUGGACUCCAUCCUCCCUAGCGUGCAAAUGGGUCGUAUUAGAUGGUGAUGUUCUUCCAUCAGCCAAUAUCUCUGCCUACCUUGAUGCCAUAUUUUACCGCCUUUCAGCGCAACUUCCGACUUUUCAGUGUCCAAUCAUCAAUGGAACCCGAUAUCGUUCUCUUGUUGAGUCGCCGGGACCGUCCGACCCCGCUAUUAGAUACUUCCUGGCACUCGAUCUACGACAGAAUCUGAUCCUACUGCCCCGUCUGAUUGGCAGCGUCGUCGAAGCCAUUCAGUUUCUUGGCCCUCAACAUUGCAUGCUAUCUAUUGUUGAAGGCAAUUCACCCGAUGGUACUGCCGAUGUUCUGUCAGCCCUUGGACCUCACCUUGAAGCUCUCGGUAUAGCAUACUUUUUCCAGCAAUCGCCCAUCGACCCCACCAAAACCGAGCGAAUCAUGAGUCUUGCAGCACUACGCAAUCUGGCGUUGCAACCUAUACUCGAGAAUCGCGACAAAAUAACGGAAGAUACCACUAUUGUAUUCUCAAACGAUGUUACAGCAUGUCCAGAUGACAUUCUCGAACUUGUCUACCAAAGAAAGUUCCUCAAGGCUGAUAUGACUUGUGGAAUGGACUGGAACGGUAAAAGGCCAAGGUUCUAUGACAUCUGGAUUUCUAGGGGUAUAAACGGCGACUCAUUUGUGGAUGUUCCAAACGGCGAUUGGAACAAUGUAUCGGAGCUGUUUUGGAAUGAUAAGGAAACCCGGGCUCGAUAUGAUGCAAGACGACCUUUCCAAGUCUUUGCAUGCUGGAACGGUGCCGCAGUGUUUAGUGCCAAGCCCAUCAUCGAAGGUCUGCGAUUUAGGGCUGCUAAAAUGAAAGGUGAAUGUCACCAAGGUGAGCCACAGCUGUUCUGCAAAGACCUGUGGUACCGCAACUAUGGGAAGAUUGCAGUCGUGCCAUCUGUUAAUUUUGAGUAUAAGCUGCAUAUGGGAAUGUCGCUGAAACAGAAGAUGGGCUUUACGUCAGAUGUCGUCUCACAACAGGAUCCAGCUGGAGACUUCAUCGAAUGGAAACAAGAUCCUCCGGCUGAGGUCAAGUGUAUUUCGGCUUGGAAUAAACAGUACUGGGUUCCAUGGAAUGAGUCAUUAUCAUAG